AUGGCGAAAGGCGCUACUGUCCGCAACGUCGAGUUCGCGAAGGAGGUCGACUCCUAUCGCGCUCCACGCGACGAUGAACUCUCUGUCAUGGAGCACUUUGCCAAACACGCCGCCAAGUGCGACCACUGCCGCAACCCAUACGACGCCUGGAGAAACGAUCGGCCCAUGUGCAGUCGCGGACUGUCAUACGCCCGGGACGUGGCCACGUACCUGUACGCCAAGGGUGGGAAGCCCUUCUCGGUCAUUGACCGACAGAACGGCGACCGUGUCCAGGUGCAAGUGCCCAUGGGUUGCGAGGCCGUCUCGCUCCUCAUCAAGGCCUUCGACAAGGGCAUGAAGACGACGUCGACGAGAGUGGUCGUCGACAACACCCGAGACCUUCAGACCACCGAGAGACCGAUCAAGGUCGUCUCACCUGCUUCGCCCAUCUCCCCUUCACGACGGAGAGACUACUACGUUGACGGGGAACGGCCGCGCGAACGGCGGUACAUCAACGACGACUACGAGUUUGUCGAGAUCAAGCCUUACUCGAGCCGCAACGACCGCAGAGAAAGAACCACGUACCGGGACGAGCGACGCGAGGAGCGGUACAGCAGGGGUGAGCCACGACGAGAGAGACCCCGGUCACUGGUCUACGAGGGCAAAGGCAGCCUGUUCCCGCAGGACGUCGAAGAGAAGUCCCGACGACAGCACAUUGAACGACAACCCGUCGUCAUUGUAGCCGAACCGGGCCAGCGGUACACCAUCCGACGAGAUCGAGAUCGGUGA